GCUCAGACACAGCAGCUGCCGCUCACUCGCAGCCACACAGUCUGGAUGUGCCCCGGGCGGCAGCCUCUCAGCCUGCAGAUACCCCCCCCAGCUGCUGCCACACAUGGAGGAAGGGAUCCCCAGCUUGCAGGACAGGCAGCUGGAACCCAGGGAUUUUCUGGGAAUGGAGUACCCCCAUCUGUUCCUGUGCAAACCCAAGAGAGGUCUCAAACGUGAUGAGAGCAAGGAGACCUACAAACUGCCCCACCGGCUGAUCGAGAAGAAGCGGCGAGACCGGAUUAAUGAAUGUAUCGCUCAGCUGAAGGAUCUCCUUCCCGAACAUCUCAAACUGACAACUUUGGGGCACUUGGAAAAAGCCGUCGUUUUGGAGUUAACUUUGAAACACUUGAAAGGUCUGACGUCCCUGACUGAGCAGCAGCAUCAGAAAAUUAUGGCUUUGCAGAACGGGGAGCACGCCCUUAAGUCCCCCAUCCAGACGGAUUUGGAUGCUUUCCAUUCCGGGUUCCAGACCUGUGCCAAAGAAGUUCUGCAGUACCUGUCCCGGUUUGAAAGCUGGACCUCUAGAGACCAAAGAUGCACCCAGCUCCUGAAUCAUCUCCACACCGUGUCCAGCCAGAUCCUCUCCAGCUCUCAGCUUCUGCUUCAGUCCGUGCCCGGCGGCAAAGGCUCCUCGGCUUCUCCUGGCCGCGGGGGGCAGAAAGCGGAGAACCAGACCAACUGCGUUCCCGUCAUACAGAGGACGCACAACCUGGAGUUAAAUGAGAACGACACGGACACUGACAGCGGCUAUGGAGGCGAAGGGGAGAAGGCAGAGGGCAGGUCCGACGGACAAAGUAGCAGCGGGGUAAAAAGCCAAGGGGGCAACAGUCUGACCAUCAAACAAGAGCCAAUGGAGGAGCCAUCACCUAAAAGGUUUAAGCCGGAGUUUCCCGGUAGGGGGGUGACGGGUCCCAAUGCUGAACCUGCUGUCAGACCAGAUGCUGCUCUGCUGAACUCUCUGAUGGCAUUCGGGGGUGCCCCUUUUGGACAGCAAGCCCCUUUCUGUUUGCCCUUUUAUUUCAUCUCACCCUCGGCAGCUGCUGCGGCUGCCUACAUGCCCUUUUUAGACAAGGGCAGUUUGGAGAAAUACCUCUACCCAGCAGCGGCGGCGGCAGCGGCGGCCACCCCCAUCCCAUUACUGUACCCAGGGAUCCCCGGGCAGGCGUCAGGCACAUUCCCAUGUUUGUCCUCCGUGCUGUCUCCGGAGAAGAUGGCUGCCUGUUCCUCGGCCCUGUUACCUGAACUCCCUUCACCUCCCUUCCAAACUGGACCUGCCAUGGACAGGGGGCUGACCGAGGAGCUACGGGAACCUUUGGAAGGCCUUUUGCCACCUUCCAAGGAAAACUGACCGUUGGAAAGUACCCCCAUUACGCCGAAACUAAAACCAGAAUCGACUAUAAAAAAAAGCCUCGUAUUAUGUAGCAGGUUCUGAUGUAAAUGUAUCAACAUUAGGGUUUUAUACGGAUGGUAUUGUGACCCGUUUAUUUAUGCCUUGAAAAGAAUCACGGAACCACGUGCCUCAUGAUUAUCUAUCACUGAAUGUGUAGCGGCCGUAGAGUUAGCCAUGGUUUCCCCAUUGAUGUAGCCAUGGGUAUCCCAAAGAUGUAGCCAUGUUUAGCCCUAUCCAGGGGUAUCCAACAGAUCAAGCCAUGAAAUGGUGGGAAUGUUCUUUAUACUAAACAAAAAGGGCGUUCUAGAUCUAGCUCUAGACAGAGGUGGUAUGGAAAACUGAUGACUAUUUAAAGGGCAAGUAUGUCUCUUGAGGGGCGAUCACUGGCACGAGGCGACUAUACCAUGGUGGUUCCACCUGUACCGUGUCCGGCUCUUCUCCUCCUAGGUGGUGGUACGUUGCCAGUUAUAGUUUCACAGUAUCUGGAAGCCCACUAGGUAGCCACGGCUCGGGCGUGUCUCUUUGGCAUGGGUUUAUGUAUCUGCCCAGAAACCUCUCUUCUCCUCAGUCUCCAGGUACUUUUUUUUUUUUUUUCCGGUGGGAGGAGACACGGAACACGUAAUGGUGCCAGGUGAUACUGUCGGAUAAUCCUGUUACAUAAGAGGCGGAAUUGUGCUCCGUUUGGCACAGACGCUCGUUUGUACUGACUCUCGCCCAAAUGAGUUCACUGCAGCACAAUUAUGUAAUUGGCAGGUACCGGGCACCUCGUACAGUGACGUCUUGUAAGAGAAUCCACUCAGUGUUCUAGAGCCUAGAAUUAUCCGUGUCCCUUCCCCGUCUCACGUUGCCUGGCAGCUCUAUGGCCGGGGGGGGGUACUCUUAGCCUCGUGACUACCGUCUCUAUCUCAUGUUAAUGUUGGUCACCCGUCGAGUCAGGUUUUGCCCCAAGUUUCAGCCCCCCCGGGGGGGAGGUAUUUUUAUCUGAUUUUUUUUUUCAAACCUACCGAUCUUUCUCUCCAUCUACAGGAUAAAAGAAUGACGAUUGUUAUGUUUUUUUUAUAAACUUUUGUUGGAUCAAGACAAAAAAAAAAAAAAA